UUUGGGACGUUUCUUGUUGACUUUUCAGCAACGGGUUGGCAUCAUCCCUGUAGCAUCCAGCUGUUGUGAGGAGGGGAGCAACCAGAUCCUUCUGCUGGGAUCUGCGGGAGGAAAUUUCCUUUGGCGACCACUAGGCGGCAGCAGCAGUAGCGAUGAUGUCGGUGUUGGCUGUCAAAAAGCACCUACCAGCCACGACGGAACAGCCAGCCAGCAGCGUCACACAGCGCUCCGGCUGGGACAUGCUGAUUUAUUCAAACGGCGUCCAUUCAGUCGGUUACAUCGCUUGGCGCGCUUCGGUUUCGGAUCUUGGGUCGCUCCAAACAUUCCUCGCGCGACGAAGUGCGUAUUUCUACGGUGUGUGUGUGUACGGUUAAUCUACAAGUGGCCACUAAGGUCGCCGGCAGGACAUCGGAACGUCGCGGAGCAGGCGGAUUAAUUGCGGUGGACGGUUUGUGACGUCACGGUUUGGCGCGCGUAUUCUACGUCUUCAACUUCGCGUGCGGCUGGUGUUGAGUGUUGGUACGUCCAUCACAAGUGGCCGAAUCAGAAAAACCCAGUGUGUGAUAUAAACAACGACGCACAGUCGUUGGCCAUUGGACGGCGUGGCGGUGUGCUGCCGAAAAUGCUAAAUGUGGGUGAAAAUGUGAUUCGAAUCUGCAAAUAGCUCACGCCAAAUCGGCGGGGAAUUGGCGAUGCACGGCGGCGUAGCAAUUCGAUGGCAAUCACUCAGUCAGACGGUCACUGGUGCGCUAGCCUGUCAAUGGAGCAGUAGGUGAAACUCGAUAUGGGCCGAUAAUCGAUUGUGUUUGGUGAAAAUUGGCUCGCUAAUGGAGUGAGUUUGUUUUUGUUUUAGGUAAAUAUUCAUGCUCCUUGGCGCGGUGGUUUGUGCUGUUUAAAAUUGAUGCCUCUAAAUGUUCGACACCUGUUGAAUGUGAUUUUGCAAUGUGUAUGUGACAGUUUAAAUCUCGUUCAACCAGUUGGUACACACAGUCUCAGAGGACUACCUACUAAGUUUCAAUUUUGUUUGAAACUUCUUUUAUGAGUAGUGAAGUUCUGAGCUAUUUAGGCUGAAAUUGGAAUUCAGUGACACCGAACACAGCGCUCCGCCAGCAUCCCACCUCCAAAUGAGGUCAAUGAUUGUACGGCGACAAUCACAGCAGCAGCAGCAGAACGUGGUAAUAUUUUUUCCUCGCGCCAAGCAAAGUGCCAUCGUUUAACGAUGUCUGGUCCCAUAAAAUCGCAACUUCGCGCGCCGGUAUCACUAGUCGUCCUGCCACAACAAUACAGAAGAAGAGGGGUUUGAUAAAAGUGGUGUUCUCGACGCUCGUGGAGAGGGUGAAUGGGGGUGGUUUGUGGGUAGGUAACGGCAUAAUGAUUCUUUCAUUUCGGAACGGUAAUAAGUAAUGCCAUAAAGUGCGGUUCCGUGUCGUAUCCCGGGAGGAAAAAUCGCGCACCGAAACGACAAAGUUCUGUCAAGUAGUUAUCCCUUUGGAUUAUAAUGUCUCUGCUGAAGUACAGUAAAACAUGGCCGUCGAUUCUCACCAAAAUGGCAGUCGUUCAGCUGAGCGUUGAUUCCAACGGGAGGACCUACAGUUCGAUCGUGGAACCGGCCUGCCUGACGGGGCCCACCAAUCUGGUGGAGUCGAAUCCGAACUUUCGGGUGAUGAUGGGCCAUCCGCAGAUUGUGAUUCAAACGCCGGGCGAAACGCAGAUGCCCCUGCCGGAUGUGGCCAAUGUGGGCGAUGGGCUGCUGUCCGGCGGAUCCGGGGGAAACGGUCAGUGCAUGUGUGGGAACGGAAGUGCAGGGCUGGGAGGGAUUGUGCGUUUGGAAGAAGAAAGGCGCUACCGGAGGCCUUACCGUUCGGAAUCGAUCAAGAUUGAUAAUUGGGAUUAUAUCUACACGGAGAAGGUGCCGUACAAGGGGAUCGGAAGUAAUGCAGCUAGUGCCACAGCAGAAAUACCGUGCGACGACCACCGAUGCAUCACGGGCCAAGCCGCCCUGAAGGCGUCCACCCUUCGGAGACACUACUAUCCGGAGGGCGACUGGGGCUGGGUAAUUGUGUUGGUCGGUAUGCUUAGCAUAAUUCUGAAUCAUGGAGUGCAAAUAUCGGGCCCGCUCUACCUCCUGCCAGCUGGGGAACGCUUCCAGCAGAGUGCCGUCAACAGUACAGGUGAGUGGCAGCAUGCAUGCUUGUGCAUAUCUGAUAAUGACUGAAUAGGGAACUGAGCAAAAUCU